CAUGAUGCAACAACAACAACAACAGACUUCUUAUCCUUAUACUCAAGCUGCUAAAACAGCAGUAGUAGUAGCACAACAACAUGCACACUCAGCCCCCGUAGUAAGAACACCUGCAUACACACAGAUACAGAAGUUUAAGAAUCACUUCCAAUCAGGGGCUGUAUCACUCUCACUCUCAUAUGCAGUAAUGCACCCACUCGAUACCCUCAAAACUAGAAUGCAAGUCCCUGGUGGAUCAGGUAUCGCAUGGUCUGCCAUCUUUACUCGUGAAACCGCUCGAAUGCUGGGAAAGGGUUUUCUCGUCAGCUCCAUUGGUGCGGGUCUCCAGGGAGGUGCUCGGUUUUCAUUCUACGAGCUCACGAAAUCAUAUCUCUUGCCACCAACAUCUCGUUUUCAGACUGGACACAAUCCCCCUCAUCAUCCUUGGUGGCUUCCAACACUUUCACCUAUUCCCGCUACAGCCAUCUCAGCCAUCAUUGGAGACCUUGCAUCCUCUGUGAUCAAAGUACCUCGUGAAGUCAUCACAUCCAGGCUGCAAACAGGAUACUAUAACCACCACACUCAUAUGGGACAACAAUCCCAGAGCAACAUCAAUGCAGGAUAUGUCUUCAGAGCAGUGCUGAGGGAUGAAGGCGUCCGAGGCUUGUUCCGAGGAUUCUGGAGCACCACUGCACGCGACUGUCCAUUCAUGGUCAUCCUUUUCACCACCUAUGAGAACUUUAAGGCUUAUCACACCCGUGUUCUCACUACUCAGAUCACUUCAGAUCCCAAUUACAUUGCAUCCUCACCUGUCGAAGUCAAGAUUCCCCCUAUGACCUCGACCUUGUUUGGUGGCAUUUCUGGAUUCUUGGCUGGAUAUUUCACUACUCCCAUGGAUGUCAUCCGUACCAGGAUUAUGACCUUCAAGAAAGGCACUGCUGCCGUAGGUCCAUCCACAACCAUCGUACCAACUACCCCUCAGGCCAUCACAAUGACAAACAUUAGUCGUGAGAUGUACCGCCAGGCAACAAUGCAGGCUCUCAAGGCUAGCGCUCAUUCCAAUGCUCUUAUCAGAUCCAUGCGUGUUGGUCAAAGUGUUUACAGCACCUUCUUCGUCGGUGCUAUCCCACGUAGUCUCUGGUGGUUCUGCGUAUGCUCCAUCUUCUUUUCUACAUAUGAAGUAAUGAAGCAGAAGUUGAUGCCUUUGGACUAUGAGCCUACCACAUCUUCAUCUGUAGUAUCAGCAGUACGCAAGUGA